GAGCGGUCAGAAAUUUUAAAACGAGAGAGUGCAAUAAAGAAGUCGCCUUUCUGGCUCCUUCCCUCCCUCGUUAGUUGCAAAAGAUAUGUGUCUCUGUCACUGUCCAGGACUCUAAAUCUUUAAUCUUUCUCUUUUCUUCUCGCCUCUGUUCUUUCUCGUCUUCAUUCAUGUCCGUUUCGAAACCUUCUCCCUUUUAGCUUUUCUGCUUCCCCCUAAAAGAGACGGAAAGAAGCUUCAACAAUGCCUCCUCCUCAUCCUUCUUCUUCGUUUUCGUUCUGGCCUCACACCAGCUUCUUCAUCCUGCUCGUCCUCUUUCCUCACUUUGCGUCUUCCAAAUUCGUCAUAGAGCCCUGUACCUCCUCUGAUUCCUGCAGCUCCCUGCUCUCUUAUCUCCUGCCUUCUGAUCUUAAGCUUUCCGAGAUCGCGUCGAGGUUCCAAAUCAAAGUUCCUGAGAUUCUAGGGGCGAAUUCUUAUGAUCCUUCCACUCCCCAGACACAGAUUGUUCCGAUCAACUCACUUCUGAAGAUCCCCAUUUCGUGUCCCUGCGUCAAUGGCAUUCGUCAGUCGGUUUCAACGACCUACACCGUCCAGCCCAUAGACAGUCUUGACUCCAUUGCAGCUGGUUUUGGUAGGCUGGUGAGUGCAGACCAAAUCAGGAAUCUGAAUGGGAUUGGUAGUGGGCAGCCGCUGGCGAUUGGUACCCAGUUGAAAAUCCCGCUUCCAUGUACUUGUUUCAAUAACAUUGAUAAUGGUGUCCCCUCUGUGUAUCUUUCCUAUGUUGCUCGCUCUGGGGACAGCUUGAGCAGCAUUGCGGACACGUAUGGGAGCACCGUAGCGGAUUUGAUCUCAGUUAAUCAGUUAGGGACUCAAGAUAUUCAACCCGGGGACAUUCUUGCAGUUCCAAUCCCCGCAUGUUCAUCAAUAAAUAUGAAUUUAUACUCCGACCAUCUCCUUGUUCCCAAAGAUAGCUAUAGUAUGACUGCUUUCAACUGCAUCAAAUGUAACUGCAAUUCAAGUGAUCUAAACAUGCAGUGUUCGUCAUUCCCCUUGUACACGUCGUGCCGUAAACUCCAGUGCAAAGGGAGUAAUCUUUUCAUAGGUGAUGUUUAUGAAAACCAAAGUAGCAAAGGUUGUAAUAUAACAAGCUGCCUGUAUCGUGGCUACCUUGGCCACACCAUUCUUAGCAGUUCGAGAUCUUACAUCCGUCCAAAAUGUUUAGGAAACCAGAGUCAGAACAUAGAUAGCAUGGCUCCAUCUCCUGCAGCAAAUGAGCCAAAACUUCCAUUCUCUGUACCAUCAUCAUCAAUUCCAGUAUCUGCUCCUGGUUCUCAUAUGGCCCCCCAAAUAGCAGCACCACCCCUAGUUUCUUCCUCGGAAACAUCAAGUGAACCACUCUCUCUAACCAUUGUUUUGACAUUGGCGAUGAUUUUGUACUCAAACUUUGCAGGUAUCUUCUUUAUUGAUGCCUAAAAGAAGAGUUGCUAGUUACUGUUCAAGUUACUGACCAAUUUAGAGCAAAACUUAUAGAAGCUUCUGUUGCAUUGACCGGGCCUUGGUGACUCCAAGGUUGUAACUUCAUCAAGGAUUUGAUUUCCAAACAAGAAAAGUCAAGGCUUUAAAUGUUUCACGGUGUUGUAUCAAUAGCAAGGAAUGAAGUUUAUUUCA